GUUCAGCCAGUGAGCAGUAUUGAGCUCACUCAACCUCAUUGCAUUUUCCGGAUUGAAAUAUGGAUUGACUUUCCCUCAGCGAUAAUAUGUUGACUAAUCGAGGGCAGUGUUGUUUACAUGUAUACAUGUUCCGUCAGUUGCUCGUGAAUGUAAAUAAAUGCACGGAUUGAUAUUAACUCUUAGAGCGCAUGUUGAAAUUAUAUGUACCCAUCUAAAAGUUAAAAAGGUACCCAUUAUAGACAAGAUAUUUUGUAUGAAUUUAACUUAUUUGGAAAAGAUUGACUGUACUGGAAGAAUUGCUGUAAUGUUGGCGGCCUUAAGCUUGUGUGAGGGUCGAAAUUAAAGAUGUCGGUGAACGCUUUGAGUCAGAAGGAGUAUCUGAAGAAAUACCUAUCAUCGGGCUCAGAUGAUAAGAAAAAGAAGAAGAAAAAGAAAAACUCGAAAUCGACGGACGACAGGUUCCGCAUUGUGGAUGAUGACAUCGACAUAAAGAAUAUGCGACCACUAGAUGAUGAUGAAAUCGAGCUGUACAACUUAGCAGAAGAUGCUCCACAAAUUGCAGGAAUAAUUGAUGAGCGUCCUGAAGAAGUUAAAAGAUUGGAACAAUUCGGGACAAAGCGGUGGAAAGUUGUAGCUGAUGAGGAUGGUCUUGAUGAUUUAAAAAUCACAGCCAUUGACAUAAAAUCAGCAGUUACAAAAAAGCCAAAGUAUAAUGGAAAUUCAGAAGAAGUUAGUGACCGUAGCAACUCUAAGAAGAAAGAAACAUUACAGAAUGAAAUUAUAAGAAAUUCCAGCGAGUUAGAUGAUUCAGCAGCACCAAAAAAGAACAACAAAUUGUCAAGGACUAACGAAAACUAUAGUGAUGCAGAUAUUUCCCCUCCACGCGCAAAAUGGAAAAAAACUGUACAUAGAAGUGAUAAUGACUCUGAUGCAUCCCCUCCAAGGAAAGGGCAAAAGUCUCGUGAGUUUCAAAUGCCCUCGAAGGACAAGGAGAAAGUUCAGGAGAAACCCCAUGUUGAUUACUCUGGAAGACUGAAAAAACUGAGUGCAACUGAAAAAGUGCAACACCCACGGAAAUAUGAUUCAGAUGAAUCACCACCUAGGAAGUCACAGAAAUCGAAUUCGGACGAAUACUCAUUACAGAGAUCAAGGAAUCAAAGUGAUUCAGAUGUAUCACCUCCUAGGAGAUCAAAUCAGCAACAGGAUUCUGAUGAAUCUCCUCCAAGAAAAGUAAGGAAAGAUUUCAUUGACAGAUCAUCUCCUCACAGAGUUAGAAAGCCAGGAGCAGAUGAAUCACCACAAGGAAGGCCAGUGAAGUAUUGUAGAUCACCACCCAAGCAAAGAGAGCGGCAGCAUGCUUCUGAAUCGCCUCCUAGAAAAGUGAAACAGCAUCAAACCAGCAGUCAGGGUAGACAUAGGAAGCAGUAUCCAGAUGAACACACUGCUCAAAGAUCAAGGUACCAACAAGGUUCAGAACAGUCUUCUCGCAAGAAACACAAGCAACAGUUACCAGAUGGCAGUACAGAGGGAAGCUCGAAACACCGAGAGUCACCGUCCCGAACUACCAAGAGGUACAGUUCACCCUCAAGAGCAACAAAAAAUCAUUCUGACAUUAUUGGGUCAUCACAAAGGAAAAGUAUAGACCAGUACAAUGUAGAGAAAGGCCAUCAAAACUCGGUGAAGAAACAUGACUUUGAGCUCAUAAGAAAUAGAAAGUUUGACCAAAAAUCUCCCGCAAAAAAGUUUUAUAACAGAAAUGAAAGAAGUAAAUCUCCAGAAAGUAGAAGCAAUCAGAAGAGUCUUGGAUUUGAUUCUGCAAGUAAAUUUAUGAAAGAUACUGCUGAUAACUUGCAUAAAAGUCACAGUUCUGAAAAAACUCACUCUAAGUACAAAGACAAAAAUUCAGUGAAUAGGCAACAUAGCAGGGAUAGUGUAUCACCUUCAAGAAAUUAUGGAGAACCAUCACGUUGGAAGCAUAGGCAGAAUUCACCUUCUGGUAGAAACAAGUCAGAUAAUGAUUCUGAUGCGUCACCCCCUAGGAAGUAUUCACAAGUUAAGUCUUCUUCGAAGAAAUCUUUUGAAACUGAUGGUCAGGAAACCAGAGCAACAAAAACCCGUGACACCUUUCCUGAAAGAAGCAGAAAUGAGUCUAAGGAUACCUCCCAUAGAAAGAUAAAGCAGGAUGGCAGCAGUGAUACAAGGAGCAGGAGAGAAAAUUCUCAUACCAGAAAUAGUCCUGGAAGAGCAAAAAAAGGUAAUGCCAAAAUGUUAGAUGGAAUGAAAGCUGGUUUGCAAUCCAAAGACGAACUGAAAAAGGAGAUUCAAGAUUUUCAGGAACGAGAACGUGAAAUGUUUGCCCAGUUAGACCCAUCAGUGUCAGGAGAAGGUGUUAGUGCUAUUUUGCGAGACAGGAAGACAGGAAAAAGAAGGAAUCUAGAACAAGAGGCCCGGGACCGAGAAGAGCAGCAAAUAGCAGAAGCUGAACAGAAGUCAAAGUAUUCCAGAUGGGGCAGAGGGUUGAAGCAAGUGGAAGAUCAAACAGAGAAGUUAAAGGAAGAUUUGUAUGAAAUGUCAAAACCAUUGGCCAGAUAUGCUGAUGAUGCAGAUCUGGAGAGACACUUGCGGGACCAAGAGAGAGAAGGUGAUCCGAUGCUUGAAUACAUCCGAAAUAAGAAAAAGGAAGAAGGUGUCAAAGAAAAACCUAAAUACCAAGGAUCAUACUUACCAAAUAGGUUUGGUAUACCACCAGGACAUCGCUGGGAUGGAGUUGACCGUUCUAAUGGCUAUGAAAAGAAAUGGUUUGAAGAAUUAAAUGCAAGGCGAGCUCGAGAAGAGGAAGCACACAAAUGGAGCACCUCAGAUAUGUAGUCUGUAAAAAUGGAACAGUUCCAUGAUUUUAAUUUUUUUAUCUGAAUGAUUUUGUACAUACUAUGUAGCUGAAAAUAAAAAAAAAUGUAUAGUGAUAUUUUUUA